UGCCCCAAGGUCUAAUCUGAUGAUUACCCUCGUGGAUGCUUCGUUGACCGAUUAGUUAAACAAACAACCGUGCCCGGUUAUCAGUCAGUAGAAGAAGAUAAGGUAAGUUAGGUAACCUCUUCUUGAGCUUCAUUUACUCGACCAUAGAUGAAACCCUAAUCCGUUGCCCAAAAAACAGAAAAUAAUGGCCAUGGCAUCUCUCUUGAGCUGCUCAGUUACUCCAAAAACUUGCUUUAACAGAAGUCAUUUACCAUCUUCAUUGUUUUCAUCACAACGAUCAUUCUUCAUUUCUCCAGCAAAACCCACACUUCAAAUCAGUAAACCUAAAAAGUUCUUAGUUUCAGCUAAUAAUUCAAACGGGGAUGACUCUGCAGAUCUUCCAGAUCGUUUAAUCUCUGCCAUUUGUUACUUCUACCCAUUCUUUGAUGGUGUUCAGUAUGGAAAAUAUGUUAUCACUCAAUUCACUCCAAUUCAAGUGCUUCUACAACCCUUAUUUCCAGCUAUCAGGGUUUUCAAAAGCUUUCCUUUCAAUGGGUUUUUAGUAUUUCUUACUCUUUACUUCAUUGUUGUUAGAAACCCUAAUUUUAGUAGAUAUGUUAGGUUUAAUACAAUGCAAGCUAUAGUUCUUGAUGUAUUGUUAAUUUUUCCUGAUCUUUUAGAGAGAAGUUUUAAUCCAACUGAAGGUAUUGGAUUAGAUUUGAUUCAGAGUUUAGACAGUACUGUUUUUCUAUUUCUAUUAGUUUCUUUGAUUUAUGGUUCAGGUUCUUGCUUAUUAGGGCAAGUUCCUAGGUUACCCAUUGUUGCUGAAGCAGCUGAAAGGCAAAUUCCUUAAAAUAAAUUUUGGGUGUUUUGAUUUUGUUGUCACAAUCUGUAAUCUUAUCUUUCAAGUGUUUGUAACCUUAUCUUUGUGGUUUGAAUAAACGAAAUUUAUAGCUAUCAA